UUUUCAUUCCAAAAAAAUUCUCAAGUCAACUUCAUCAAAUAUUUUGGACUGAGACAAAAAUCGGUAAGGGUAAGGGCGUCUUUCACUUUCUUUUUUCCCAUCCAGGGUAAGGGCAGCACUCUGACAAACAAGAAGAAUGGCAGCUGAAGAGCAGGCCAAGGAGCUUCCUCAAAUACUGAUUCUAGGCCCCCCUUCGAUAUUCCCAUAUCUGGAAUCCCAAUUCUCAAAUAGAUUCCUUUUCCUAAAACCAUGGCUUUACAACCUCCCUCUAACCCAAUUCCUCACCUCUUAUGCCCAAUCCACCCAAGCCCUGCUUAUCCGAGGCGGUGGCAAUACCCAACUCACCUCCACCAUUAUCGACUGCCUCCCUUCCCUAAAGCUCGUCGUCACUUCCAGCGUCGGCGUCGAUCACUUAGACUUUCCGGAAUUACGCCGGCGUGGGGUGGCUAUUGCCAAUGCAGGAAACCUGUUCUCAGAAGAUACCGCCGAUAUGGCGGUUGGCUUACUAAUCGACGUUCUUAGGAAAAUAUCAGCGGGAGAUCGAUUCGUAAGGCAAGGGCUUUGGUCUAAGAAAGAAGAUUUUCCUCCUGGAUUAAAGCUGAGCGGCAAGCGAAUUGGGAUCGUUGGAUUGGGGAAAAUAGGCUCUGAAGUUGCCAAGAGGCUGGAGGGAUUUGGCUGCAAAAUCUCAUAUAACUCUAGGACCAAAAAGUCAAUGGCACCAUAUUCCUACUAUCCCAAUGUAUAUGAACUUGCAGCCAACACAGAAGCACUCAUAAUUUGUUGUGCGUUGACCAAAGAAACCUACCAUCUAAUUAACAAGGAGGUGAUGCUGGCAUUAGGAAAAGAUGGAGUGAUAGUGAACAUUGGUCGUGGUUUGAUCAUCGAUGAGAAAGAGAUGAUACGAUGUUUGACUCAGGGGGAGAUUGGUGGAGCUGGACUAGAUGUGUUUGAGAAUGAACCUAAUGUUCCUGAAGAGCUCUUUAAUCUUGAUAAUGUUGUCCUGUCACCACAUGCUGCUGUUAUGACAUAUGAAUCUAAAGUGGAAUUGUCUAAGUUGGUGGUGAACAACUUGGAGGCAUUCUUCUCAAACAAACCUCUUGUGUCUCCUGUUGUAGAUUAGUUGGGGUGGAAUUGAGUUGCUGCUGAGGGAGGCUGGUUUGUUGAGAAAAGAGGACUCCAAAAACUUGACAACAGAGCCACCCUAAUGUAUUAGUGUAUUCGACCCUUUUUCUUUUCUUUUCUUUUUUUAUUUUUAUUUUUGCAGGUUUCAAAAUCUUUUUUGGGUCAAGGAUUUAUAUCAGUUUAGCAACGUUUAAGUUGGCAUAUUCUAACAUUUUCCAUUUUCUUUGCAGCCAUUGAGAGAUUGAGGCAUAUAAUUUUAAGUUUCUACAGAUCCUAUCUCAGAUUGGGAUGAAAAUAAAGCUCUUUGAUUUUUGAAUCUUGCUUCUGGGGUUAUCUUUUCCAGCAAGGAGCAUUUCUUCUAGAGCUCUUUGGGGGAACUACUAAUGGAGAGAGAGGAGAGGAGAGGUGAAAGUGUGGCAGUAAAAUAUGUCUUGGAUUAUAUGAUUAACCGUUCCUUCAUACAAAUUUAAAUUACUAUACCAACGACUGAUAAUGGAAUAAACUGAAAUCAAUUUGCAGCA